AGAUGGAGGCAUCCGAGCCGGUAGUCGCAGCUCGGGAGGAAGAGGCGUCCUGCUCUUCCUGGGUGGCCGGCAGUACCAAUACAAAUUUGCCCAUCAUGUCAGCAGAAUCUGUGGAGAUUGAUGAUGCAUUAUACAGGAACUGGAGAUGUUUAGCCUGGAGAAAGAAGACUGUGGAACCUGAAUACCAUCUUCAAAUGUUUGGAGGGCUGUCACAUUGAAGAGGGAUUAGAGGAGUUCCCUUUGGCCCCAAGGAGUCGACAGAGGUACGUUCUUGGAGACACAGCAAUGCAGAAGAUGGCCAAGUCCCAUGUUUUCUUAAGUGGUAUGGGUGGACUUGGUUUGGAAAUUGCAAAGAAUCUUGUUCUUGCAGGAAUUAAGGCACUUACCAUUCAUGAUACAGAAAAAUGCCAAGCAUGGGAUCUAGGAGCCAACUUCUUUCUCUGUGAAGAUGAUGUUGUUAAUAUGAGAAACAGGGCUGAAGCUGUACUUCAACAUAUUGCAGAACUCAAUCCUUACGUUCAUGUCACAUCAUCUUCUAUUCCUUUAAAUGAAACCACAGAUCUCUCCUUCUUAGAUAAAUACCAGUGUGUAAUAUUGACUGAGAUCAAACUUCCGUUGCAGAAGAAGAUCAAUAACUUUUGCCGUUCUCGGUGCCCUCCAAUUAAGUUUAUCAGUGCAGAUGUACAUGGAAUUUGGUCACGGUUGUUUUGUGAUUUUGGUGAUGAAUUUGAAGUUUCAGAUGCAACAGGAGAAGAGCCAAAAGAAAUUUUCAUUUCAAAUAUAACGCAAGCUAAUCCUGGUAUUGUCACCUGCCUUGAAAAUCAUCCUCACAAACUUGAGACAGGACAGUUUUUAAUGUUUCGAGAAAUUAAUGGAAUGACAGGGUUAAAUGGAUCGACACAACAAAUAACUGUGGUAUCACCAUUUUCUUUUAGCAUUGGUGAUACUACAGAACUGGAUCCUUAUUUACAUGGAGGCAUAGCUGUCCAAGUUAAGACUCCUAAAACAUUUUGCUUUGAACCAUUGGAGAGGCAGAUAAAACAUCCAAAGUGCCUUAUUGUGGAUUUUGGCAAACCUGAGGCACCUUUACAGAUUCACACAGCUAUGCUUGCCUUGGACCAGUUCCAGGAGAGCUAUAGUCGCAAGCCAAAUAUUGGGUGCCAGCAAGAUUCAGAAGAACUCUUGAAACUAGCAACGUCUAUAAGUGAAACCCUAGAAGAGAAGCCGGAAGUAAAUGCUGACAUUGUGCAUUGGCUCUCUUGGACUGCUCAAGGUUUUUUACCCCCACUUGCUGCAGCAGUAGGAGGUGUUGCUAGCCAAGAAGUAUUGAAAGCCGUAACAGGAAAGUUUUCUCCUUUGUGCCAGUGGUUGUACAUUGAAGCGGCAGAUAUUGUCCAAUCCCUAGACAAACCUGAACGUGAAGAAUUUCUCCCACGAGGAGAUAGAUAUGAUGCCCUACGAGCUUGCAUUGGAGACACUUUGUGUCAGAAGCUACAAAAGUUGAAUAUCUUCUUGGUAGGAUGUGGAGCCAUAGGCUGUGAAAUGUUAAAAAAUUUUGCUUUACUUGGUGUUGGCACAGGCAAAGAAAAAGGAAUGGUUACAGUUACAGAUCCUGACUUGAUAGAAAAAUCCAACUUGAAUAGACAGUUCCUGUUUCGUCCUCACCACAUACAGAAACCUAAAAGCUAUACUGCUGCUGACGCAACCCUGAAAAUAAAUCCUCAAUUCAAGAUAGAUGCACACUUGAACAAAGUAUGUCCAGCCACUGAGGCUAUUUACAAUGAUGAGUUCUAUACUAAACAAGAUAUAAUUAUUACAGCAUUAGAUAAUGUGGAAGCCAGGAGAUAUGUAGACAGCCGUUGCUUAGCAAAUCUACGACCCCUCUUAGAUUCUGGAACAAUGGGCACUAAGGGACACACUGAAGUUAUCGUACCUCAUUUAACUGAAUCCUAUAAUAGUCAUCGGGAUCCCCCAGAAGAGGAAAUACCAUUUUGUACUCUAAAGUCCUUUCCAGCUGCUAUUGAACACACUAUACAGUGGGCAAGAGAUAAGUUUGAAAGUUCCUUUUCCCAUAAGCCUUCAUUGUUUAACAAAUUUUGGCAAACCUAUCCAUCUGCAGAAGAAGUCUUACAGAAGAUACAAACUGGACACAGUUUAGAAGGCUGUUUUCAAGUUAUUAAGUUGCUUAGCAGAAGACCUAGAAACUGGUCCCAAUGUGUAGAAUUAGCAAGAUUAAAGUUUGAAAAAUAUUUUAACCAUAAGGCUCUUCAGCUUCUUCACUGCUUUCCUCUAGACACACGAUUAAAAGAUGGCAGUUUGUUUUGGCAAUCACCAAAGAGGCCUCCAUCUCCAAUAAAAUUUGAUUUAAAUGAACCUUUGCACUUCAGUUUUCUUCUGAAUGCUGCAAAACUGUAUGCUGCAGUCUAUUGCAUUCCAUUUACAGAAGAGGACUUAUCAGCAGAUGCCCUCUUGAAUAUUCUUUCUGAAGUAAAGAUUCAAGAAUUCAAACCUUCCAACAAGGUUGUUCAAACAGAUGAAACUGCAAGGAAACCGGAGCAGGUUCCUAUUAGCAGUGAAGAUGAGAGGAAUGCUAUUUUCCAGCUAGAGAAGGCUAUUUCAUCUAAUAAAGCCACCACAAGUGACCUUCAGAUGGCGGUACUUUCAUUUGAAAAAGAUGAUGAUCACAAUGGACACAUAGAUUUCAUCACAGCUGCAUCAAAUCUUCGUGCCAAAAUGUAUAACAUCGAACCAGCUGACCGUUUCAAAACAAAGCGCAUAGCUGGUAAAAUUAUACCUGCUAUAGCAACAUCCACUGCUGCCGUUUCUGGCCUGGUUGCAUUGGAGAUGAUCAAAGUAGCUGGUGACUAUCCAUUUGAAGCUUACAAAAAUUGUUUCCUUAACUUAGCCAUUCCAAUUAUAGUGUUUACAGAGACAUCUGAAGUAAGAAGAACUGAAAUCAGAAAUGGAAUAUCAUUUACAAUUUGGGACAGAUGGACUGUGCAUGGAAAAGAAGACUUCACCCUCUUGGAUUUCAUAAAUGCAGUCAAAGAGAAGUACGGAAUUGAACCAACGAUGGUGGUGCAGGGAGUCAAAAUGCUUUAUGUCCCUGUAAUGCCUGGUCAUGCAAAAAGAUUGAAGUUAACAAUGCAUAAACUUGUGAAACCUUCUACUGAAAAGAAAUAUGUAGAUCUUACUGUGUCAUUUGCUCCAGACACUGAUGGAGAUGAAGAUUUGCCUGGACCUCCAGUGAGAUACUACUUUAGUCAUGACACUGAUUAACAGAAGUUCUCUUAAAUUUACUCCAGGACUACUUGAUUUUGAAAAGAUUGCACUUAAUUCAGGAAUGAAAAUAUUAACUCAUAGUAUUAUGGAUUUCUCUUUGAUGAAGCCUUAAUUUAAGGGAAACGUCGUAGAAAACUACAGUGAAGAAUUGUAAAGCAUUUUGGAAUAUAAUACAUACUUGUCUAGUGCUUCAUAUGUGGAUAUGAUCACAAGCAAUUUUGAACUGGACUGCUAUUUUAUAAUGCUUACAAAAAAUUAGUGUGUUAACCUCUGGAUGAGAAGAAGAAAAAAAUGUAUGUAUACAUCACCAGAAGAGAUAAAAGAUCAAGAAGUUGAAAGUAACAAAUGCAAAUAUCCAAGAAGUUUAAUCUUAUUUUAUUGAGUUUCUUUUUGUGCACUAUUUGAGGCCCAGUUUUUCCAUACAAAUAGUGUUUGGCACCCUGCACCUCAUAAUUAGGCUUUGAGUUUAACACCAGUGGGAAGAGGAGAGAUGGUAGCAGUGGAUGAAGAGUAGACAUUUUAAAUUGUACAGGUACAGUUUACUGUCCUGAACCUCUGCUAAUUUAACCAGAGUUUGUUAAUAUCACUGUCUCGCAAAAAUCAGGGUCUUUGUUGAUAACAUCAGUGUUGUAACCCAUGAGCAGUAGGUCGGAUGACAAAUGUUAACUUGGAUUAAAUGUGAACAGAUAAAUGCAGCUAAUCCUUUGAUUCUUCAGUAUGCCUUCUAAUGUGGCUAUUUUAUUUAUUUGGAACUCUAAACCUGACUGUCAUAGUAUAGAAGACUAAAAGGUCUUGUAAAGGGAGUAUCCUUAGAAGUAGAUGAAAACUAGAAAUUAAAAAAAAAAAAAUCAUUACUAGUUGAGUCUUGAUUUUUUUUUUUCUUCCAACAACCUAAUGGACAGAAAAAAAUAUUUUAUUUUAAAGGGAAACAUAUUUUAUUCUGCAUUCCCAGAAAGGGUGUUGACAAAGAUAAAAAUUUAUUUUUUUAGGUCUUUGUUGAUAGAAUCUUUCUGUUUUCUGAUAGGAGAUAUUGCAGAUAAUCAUUAUAAAUUCUUUCAUUAAAAUGACAUAAAAUGUACUCUCGCUGUAAACUUGGUAAAAACAGCAAGUGUUUUUUUUUAUUUCUAAAGCUAUCAUGCAUUCUAAAGCAGUUGGCAUUUUAUAACCACAGGAAGUCAUUUCCCUCUAGCUGCUUCUCUUCUGAUCUCCUGUUCAGACCAUUAAUAAGUACUUUGAUAAACUAAAGACUAGAUUCACAUCAGUAUUACUCCUCUUUGGUAUCUUUUUAUACUCUCGACUUAACUUUCCUUUUAUUUCAUUUAUAAAUAGUUGAAAUUACUUUGUCAACCACCUGUAUUGCUUUAUUCUUUUGUAAAAGUAUCAUCCAGUUGGGAAAACAUAUUUGGGAGUGGAGGGUAAGUUUGUAUGAAUAAAAGUAUAUUCUGCAUUGGAGGCAAGGAUAAGUGGACAGGUUGAGUUUAAAGGAAAUGGAUACCUUUGAAAUAAGUAAUUUUUGUUCAAGUAUAAUGUUUAAAAUUAAUUUCUUAAAGUUGAAUUCAGGAACAUCAGAGCUCUAUGGCUUGGAAUUCUUGAGGCUAGCAAUAAUAAAAGGAGUUUUCUGUAAGACGCCUCUUCCCCACUUUCAAUUUCCUUUGUAUGAUAGAUAUGCUUAUAUUUUAUCUAAAUCUCCACAUCUCUUCAGAAGUAAAUUUGGAACCAUACUAUCAGCUUUUAUUUAUAGUAAUUAGUGCUUUAAUAGAUACAAACAAAACCAACAGGAUUAAGUUCAUUUUAUGAUUAAACCUGAAAUCAUUUCAUCAUUUUUCCCCCUGUAGGUAAUGGUUAUUGCCCUUAAUUUCUAUUUAGUUCUAAGCGGGAAAGCCACGGUGAAGUUAAUGACAGGGUUUUGUUUUGGUUUUUUUUUCUAUUAUCUGUUUUAUCUCUGUACCAUGAGAUCACUUUGGGUGAUUAAAAUACCAGGUGCAAAAAUUACUUGAUUUUGUAUGAUACCACUGAGUCAUUUUUUACUUAUUAAAAAUAAAUUAAGAUAUUUGACAGUA